UCCCGCGUAAUCCAUAUUAGAAAUAUUCCGACAGAUUCUUCGGAUGUGGAGAUUGCUGCAUUAGGUGUACCAUUUGGAAAAGUAACCAAUAUUUUGAGGCUAAAUGCAAAGAAUCAGUGCUUUUUAGAAUUAGAAGAUGAAAAUAAGACUAGGAAAAUGAUGAAUUAUUACAAAUAUGUUGCUCCUAACUUAAGAGGCCAUCCGGUAUAUAUGCAAUAUUCCAAUCAUACACAAUUAGUCACCGAUUCAAGUAGAUCCAAAAUUGCUGCUAUAUCUAGUUCGUCGCCACCUUUAAAUCCUUUGGAUAGUGAGGUUUCUCUGAAAUCUAACGAAUUAAUGACAGUUGGAUCCGCUUCUCCUGAAGCUGGCAGAGUAUUACAUAUCAGCAUAGACAAUCUCGUUUAUCCAGUAACCUUAGAUAUUCUGAACCAGAUCUUUAGCAAGUUCGGAGUCGUGGAGAAGAUUAUUACAUUUACUAAAAACAAUUUAUAUCAAGCCCUCAUACAGUUUACCGAUGCUGUGGAUGCACAGAAUGCAAAACUGAGUCUCGACGGACAGAGUAUUUAUUAUGGUUGUUGCACAUUAAAAAUUGAUUAUUCUAAGCUCUUAAGUAUUAAUGUUAAAUACAACAAUGAUAAAAGCAGAGAUUUUACUAAGAACGUUACGACAAGAAUAAAUCCUACAGCUGGAGCAACUAGCAUUGCAAUUCCUGUUGCAACAAUAUUGUCACCUCUUACGGCAAUAGCCACUACAAGUCCGUUGCAAUCAACUUCUGACCUCUUAACAGCUCCAAUUCAGCAACAACUAUCUGAAGGAAAUUUGGGAUAUGAUAAUUCUAGCUAUGUGGGUAGCGUCAUUCAUGUUACCAAUCUAAAUGAAGCGAAAGUAACUCCUCGAGCUUUAUUUAUUCUAUUUGGUGUUUAUGGUGACGUUUACCGUGUAAAAAUUCUAUUUAAUAAGAAAGAUACUGCCUUAAUUCAAAUGGCGGAGCCCCAUCAAGCUCAAACUGCCAUUGCACAUCUUCAUGGAAUUCAGCUAUAUGGUAAGAAAAUGUUUGUUUCUUCUUCUAAGUAUGCCCAAGUUCAAUUACCGAAGGAACCAGACCCUAGUGGGCUUACUCAAGAUUAUUCACAAUCCGCAUUACACCGCUUCAAGAAAGUUGGUUCACGUAAUUUUCAAAACAUUUAUCCACCUUCUGCGACCUUACAUCUAUCUAAUAUACCUCCAUCGGUUACUGAAGAAGAUAUAAAGGAAUUAUUUGAAGGAGAUGGAUGUACCAUCGCACGCUUUAGAUUCUUUCCUAGCAAUAACAGAAUGGCUUUAUUGCAGAUGAAUUCCGUUGGCGAAGCUACUCAUUCACUAAUAGAGAGACAUAACUAUCAGAUUGGUUCAACGUAUUUAAGAGUCUCUUUCUCCAAGACAAGUCUAUAG